GUGUACUCUAGCAUAUUCUCCUAUCUCUUUUCUAUCGUCAACAUACAAAUUCAGUAAAUAAAAAACAAUUAUAAAUAAAAAAGUGUAAAAGAGAGACGUACAAGCAUGGCCUUUGCAAUUUCAAGCAAAGAAGAGAGAGAAACGAAAGUAUCAACUCCAAAGUUUGACUGCACCACAAAAAUAACAAAGAAAAUGGAGGAGCAGCCGUCUACGGAGGAGCAGCCGUUCCUUUUUCCUCUUCUUUUUCUUCACUAUUCUAAUCUCAAGGCUAUUCCCAUCUCUUUCAUCUUCUUAUUCUACUUGCUCUGCUACCACUUUCAUUUAUCUUUCUCUCUCUAAACCCACCCUUGCACAACACCGCCAGCUCCUCGGUUCUUCUUCUGGGUCUGAUCAGAAAGAGUGAAAGAUUGCUUCUUUUGGGUUUUCUUUUUGUUUUUAUUUGAAUUUGGGUGGUGGGGGAGGUUUGCUUAAUUGCUUUGCUUCUGUUCUGUGUGUUUGUUGUUGGUCACUCGUGGAUUCUUGUUAAAAGUAACUAAGUUUGGUGAGACAACCGACAGUUCUGCGCCUCGUAUAUUGUCUCUCUCCUCCGUAUGUCUCUCUUCUUUAACGGACGACUCUUCCUGUUUCUUGGACUUGUACUCAACUUGUCACAACUCCUCCAUUGCAUCCCCUGCUCCUUAAACAAGAUUGUCAAGCAACAAGUCCUGACUAGAUUCCUGACUAGAUAUAUGGGAAGUGACACCUAAAAAGAAUGAAACCCAAAAAGAGUUGACUGCUAACACAUCUAUACGGUAAAGAUGCUGCCAAAUGGAAGUUGCAGAUGAAAUAGCCAAGGGUUUAUCUUAUGAUCUGGGUGUUGAAGAACACACACGAAUUCAAAAUCACCAUGGCUGCAACAAGUUAGACUUUUGUUUUCUUGGUCUCUGAGGAAAAUCUGACAAGAAAAUGAAGAGAGAAUGGAGGGGGAGGGUAUCACCACGAGAGCAAGACAUCAUGGGAAUCUUUAGCUUUGGCUAUAUACUGGUGCUGCUUCUAAUCAUUCCAUCACAGGCUAGAGAAUUAGCUUCACCGCAAAAUAGCAAUGAUGAAAUUGUGGGGUUGCUAUCCUUCAAGAGAUCCUCUGUUCAAUCUGAUCCGAAUAAUGUCUUAGCCAAUUGGACUCCCGAUUCCUCUAGUCCUUGUUCAUGGUUUGGUGUCUCUUGUUCUGUUGAUGGCCGUCGUGUGACCUCUCUGGACCUCACCAAGGCCGGCCUCAUUGGCAGUCUACACCUUUCUCACCUUACAUCUUUGUCAGCUCUCACCACAAUUAUUCUCCGAGAUAAUUUAUUUUCUGCCGGUGAUCUCUCUGCCUCCUCUGCUAUUCCCUGUGCUCUAGAGACUCUUGACUUGUCUUCCAACAACAUCUCUGAUCCUCUUCCGGCGAGUUCCUUCUUUAUCUCCUGUAAUCGUCUGGCUCAUGUUAAUCUCUCUCAUAAUUCAAUUCCAGGUGGCACUCUCCAGUUUGGUCCUUCUUUAAUGCAGCUUGAUAUCUCUGGCAAUCGCAUAUCUGAUUCAACUUUCUUGAAACGCUCUCUCUCUCUCUGUCGGAACUUGAAUUUCCUCAACUUCUCCAAUAGCAAGCUUACUGGCAAACUUGAAAUCACUCCCUUAUCUUGCAAGAGCCUCUCAGUUUUAGACCUCUCAUAUAAUUUGCUAUCUGGGGAGAUACCACCCAGUUUUAUUGCAGACUCUUCAUCAUCUCUCAAGCAUCUGGAUUUAUCCCACAAUAACUUUUCUGGUAGCUUCUCCAGUCUUGAUUUUGGACGCUGCAACAAUCUCAGUUUCCUCAGUCUGUCACAGAACAAGCUUUCCGGCACUGUGUUCCCAAUUAGUCUGAACAAUUGUGAGAUUUUGGAGACGCUUGACCUCUCCCAUAACGAGCUUCAACUAAUGAUACCUGGUGCCCUGCUGGGGAAGUUGAAACAGUUGAAGCAGCUGUCUCUAGCUGACAAUCUGCUCUUUGGUGUUAUUCCUCCUGAGUUGGGACAGGUCUGUGGAACUCUGCAGGAGUUGGAUCUAUCAACAAACAAACUCACUGGAGGCUUGCCGCUGAAUUUUGUAUCAUGUUCUUCUCUGCAGACCCUAAACCUUGGAAACAAUCUCCUUUCAGGAGAUUUCCUCACUACUGUUGUCAGUAGCCUUCAAAGUCUGAAAUAUCUCUAUGUACCAUUCAACAACGUAACUGGUCCUGUGCCCUUGUCUCUCACAAAUUGUACUCAGCUUCGAGAGCUUGACCUGAGUUCCAAUGGCUUCACUGGUAAUGUUCCUUUUGAGUUCUGCACCUCCUCAAACCCCUCUAAGCUGCAGAAGUUUUCUAUGGCCAACAAUUACCUAUCAGGGCAGGUGCCUUCAGAGCUUGGAAGCUGCAAAAACCUGAGAAGAAUUGAUCUUAGUUUCAACAAUCUGAAUGGUCCCAUUCCUUCAGAUGUUUGGACCUUGCCAAAUCUUGUUGAUUUGGUUAUCUGGGCAAACAACCUCACAGGUGAAAUUCCGGAAGGCAUUUGCGAGAAUGGAGGAAACCUUGAAAGUCUGAUCCUCAACAACAAUCACCUCACUGGAAGUAUUCCUAAGUCCAUUGGUAGUUGCACAAAUAUGAUUUGGAUAUCACUUUCCAGCAACAAGCUUAUUGGAGAAAUCCCUCCUAGCAUUGGAAAUCUAGUGAACCUUGCAAUACUCCAAAUGGGUAACAAUUCGCUCAGUGGACAAAUACCACUGGAGCUAGGAAAGUGUCUGAACCUUAUAUGGCUUGACUUGAACAGCAAUAACAUUACUGGGUCCAUCCCACCUGAGCUUUCAGCUCAAUCUGGCCUAAUUAUUCCUGGGAUUGUAUCAGGAAAGCAGUUUGCUUUUGUGAGAAAUGAAGGCGGGACAUCUUGCAGAGGAGCUGGAGGACUUGUUGAAUUUGAGGGGAUUAGAGCAGAGAGGCUGGAGAAUUUACCAAUGGUUCAUUCAUGUCCAACAACAAGAAUUUACUCUGGGACCACAGUUUACACCUUUUCCAGUAAUGGCAGCAUGAUAUACCUUGAUCUUGCCUACAAUUCCUUGUCUGGAACUAUUCCUGAAAAUUUUGGUUUGAUGAGCUAUUUACAGGUUCUGAAUUUGGGGCACAACAAGUUAACUGGAAAUAUUCCUGGCAGUUUUGGAGGUUUAAAAGAAAUUGGAGUUCUGGAUCUCUCUCACAAUGAUCUUCAAGGAUUUAUCCCAGCAUCUUUAGGGACUCUUUCAUUUCUUAGUGAUCUUGAUGUCUCUAAUAACAACCUUUCUGGUCCCAUCCCUUCUGGUGGUCAGCUGACCACUUUCCCGGCAUCCAGAUAUGAAAACAAUUCUGGCCUUUGUGGGGUACCAUUGCCCUCUUGUAGCUCUGGAGGCCGCCAGUCGGGCUCUUAUCAUCAGGGAAAGAAGCAGUCCGUGGCAGCAGGGCUGGUCGUCGGCAUCACAUUCUUUAUGUUGUGUAUCUUUGUGCUCAUAUUAGCUCUUUAUCGUGUGAAGAAGUUUCAGAAAAAGGAGGAACAGAAAGAAAAGUAUAUUGAAAGCCUUCCAACUUCGGGUAGCAGCAGCUGGAAAUUUUCAGGCGUUCCUGAGCCUCUGAGCAUCAACAUUGCAACAUUUGAGAAACCUCUGCGUAAACUUACCUUCGCCCAUCUGCUUGAAGCCACUAAUGGUUUUAGUGAUGAGAGCUUGAUAGGUUCUGGAGGAUUUGGACAAGUCUACAAGGCAAAACUUAGCGAUGGUUCUGUUGUUGCAAUAAAGAAACUGGUCCAUGUUACAGGCCAGGGAGACAGAGAGUUUAUGGCAGAAAUGGAAACCAUUGGGAAAAUCAAGCACCGGAACCUGGUACCUCUGCUGGGUUACUGUAAGCUUGGGGAGGAGAGGCUUCUUGUCUACGAGUACAUGAAAUGGGGAAGUCUGGAAUCUGUUCUUCAUGACAGGUCUAAAGGAGGAUGCUUGAGGCUUGAUUGGGCAGCAAGAAAGAAGAUUGCCAUAGGUUCAGCAAGAGGACUUGCAUUCCUUCACCACAGCUGCAUACCGCACAUUAUCCACCGCGAUAUGAAAUCUAGCAAUGUUCUUCUAGAUGAAAACUUUGAGGCCAGAGUUUCUGAUUUCGGCAUGGCAAGAUUGGUGAAUGCUCUCGACACGCAUCUUAGCGUAAGCACACUUGCAGGAACUCCUGGUUAUGUGCCUCCUGAGUAUUAUCAGAGCUUUCAAUGCACAACAAAAGGGGAUGUCUACAGCUAUGGUGUCAUACUGCUGGAGCUCCUCUCAGGCAAGAAGCCAAUAGAUCCAACAGAGUUUGGGGAUGACAACAAUCUUGUAGGAUGGACAAAGCAGCUUCACAAAGAAAAUAGAGACAAUGAGAUACUGGAUACUGAGUUAACACUGCAAAAAUCUUGUGAAACUGAGUUGCAUCAGUAUCUGAGAAUUGCUUUUGAGUGCCUUGAAGAAAAGCCUUUCAAGAGACCAACAAUGAUUCAAGUGAUGGCCAUGUUCAAAGAGCUUCAGGUUGAUUCUGAAAGUGAUAUCCUAGAUGGUUUCUCACUGAAAGAUGCAGUUAUCGAUGAAUCGAGAGAGAAAGAAUGCAGCUCGUGAUAUGGGGUACAUGGCUGAGGAUGUGACCAUGGUUUCUCACUGGAUGCUGGAGUUAUCCUACAAAUUUCACCUACUGUAAAUAAUAGAACACUCAACUAGACAGAGAAAGGUGCAGGAAAUGUGGGAAGAAACAUAGUCAUGGAGUAUUUCAGUUGCUUAACAAUGGGUGACUUGCAAAUUUUUCUUUCCUUUGAUCAUUACUUGAAAAGCUUUGUUUCUUUGCCAUUAGCUUCUUUCUUUUGUCACAGUUUUGCCAACAGAUGUUUCCCUAUUUGUUUUAUUUAGAAUUUUUCCAAUUUUUUGCUGUUCAUAGAAAUCCAGUAGUUGAGAAAUGAAGACCUGUGUCUUGUAAAGUUAUAGUCAUUAGCAUAUAUAAUUUGGAAGUAAAUCAUAAUUGUAUCAUUUUCAUUUAGUUCCAGUGAAAGUAAUAACAAUAAUGAUAACAUAACACUAUCUGCA